AUGAGUGAUAAUGAUAAAGAUGUAGCUCAAACAUAUAUUGUUAAUGAAGCAUCUAAUCGUAAUUUAUCUCAACAAACUGUUACACAUACAACUGUUUCAUCUAAUACAAAUAGUUUUACUUCAUCAACAACAUGUUCAAGCAACAUCAAUAAUCAAUUAAACAGUUUCUUAAUAGGAUGUGGACUUGAUCCACCACCACUUAGUUCCACCAACAUUCGUUCAAAUCGAACAAUCAAAGAAGAACUUGCAUAUUACAUUGAUAAAGUUAAAAAAUUUACAACAUUUGAAGAAUUCUGGAGAACUCAUCAAAUGGAGCUUCCAUAUCUUUCAGUACUUGUUCGUUCAUUUAGUAUUCGACCAGUAACCUCCGUUCCAAGUGAAAGCUUAUUCAGUGUUGCUGCUUAUGUAAACCGAAAACAACGUUCGUCUAUGUCUCCAAAUGCUCUUCGAUAUUCAAUGGUACUUCGUGAUGCAGAUAUACUGGCGACUUUAUUAUGA